AUCUUCACUCUGGUUGCUUUUAGAACAAUUCACGGUCUACGAAUGGGGAGAGAAAUCUUCUAAAAAUUUGCGCGCAUGUGUUCUGAAAACAAGACCCCAGUUGCAGCAAAAUCUCCAAUCUCCACAAUUCUUUGUUUGCUUCCUAAUCGUUAAAAGGACAUACAAUUUGAUGCCCCGUGGAGUGAAACUUCUUUCAUUUCUAAAACGCUCACCACAUCAACCCAAAAAAAGGCAUCAAAGAAUAACCAAAGUGAGAACAUGCAAAACAAAAACCCCACCAUUACAAACGGAGUGGUUAUCACAUCCUAUGUAGAAUCACCAAGAACUCGCUCAAUUAAACCAUCAGACGAUCCCACAAAGAAAACUAAGCCACACCCACGUUUUAGAAUCUCGCAAACCGCAAGAUCACAAGGUUAUGAUCAUAGGGCUCAACUUCUUGCUUACUCUAGACAACUCAGAGAAAAUGCUCGGUCCCAUAAAAAUGUUCAAGUUCAAUUUCCCCAAAAUCAGUCAAACCCUAAAGGCCAGAAGCGGUUAUUGUUGGCUGAACCGGUUCGAGUAUACUCGCCUUUAACCCAAAUACUACCUAGCUCUAGUACCCAGUUUGGAUGUGAUGAAUGUGUUGAACAUAAGGGAAGAGAAGUAAUGAACAGGUCCAAGAAGAGAAUGGGAAAUGGAAAUAAGUGUUGCAAGGUUUUGAGGAAACUGAAGAGCAUGUUCAAAGCAUUGUCAUGUAAAGUAAUCGAGUGGUAAAGAAGAUUAAAAUUGUGGGGCAUUCAAUAGUUUCAAUUCAUUAAUGUCUCCUUUUUUUUAUUUCUCGUUGUCUUUAAACUCACAUUUGGUUUUGAUGUUUAUGGUCUCUUUCUCCUA